GACAAGAAUUUCCUUUGAUAAUGAAUAAACUUAUUUGCUGUAAGAGGCAGCUGAAUGUUUACUUUGGACAUUUAACAUCGUUGAUCCUUCAACCUUUUGAAAUAUUACAAUCAGUCCAAUACUUAUAUUUCCGCUCAAUCGAAGGGGGCGAGUUUUUGGAUCUGUACAUUGGAGCGAGUAGGUUUUCCUAUGUUUAUUUCCUAGUACAGAUGCGAACGGAGAAGAAUUUCCUUUGAUAAUGAAUAAACUUAUUUGCUGUAAGAGGCAGCUGAAUGUUUACUUUGGACAUUUGUCAUCGUUGAUCCUUCAACCUUUUGAAAUAUUACAAUUUGUCCAAUACUCAUAUUUCCGCUCAAUCGAAGGGAGC